AUGACAACCUCGUACCCGAAAAUAGGAGGCAACGGGGAAGCGAAUGAAGGAAGAGUUUUGCUUUCGCAAACGACAGGUUUCGGGAAACCUGCCGGGUACGACCCGAUCGCGUGGCAAGCGAGGUGCGAUUUAGCCGCGGCGUACCACUUGUGCAACCAGAUGGAUUUGAACGAAGGGAUUUGUAACCACCUGACGGUGAUGGUUCCAGGGACUUCGGAUCGGUUUUUGUGCGUCCCGUACGGAUUGCUUUGGGACGAAGUGACCGCUUCGAACUUGUUGAUGUUGGACGAGAGCGGGAACGUUUUGGAAGGGGAAGGGGAAAUCGAUGCGACGGCGUUUUUUAUACACGCGGCGAUUCACGCGACUGGGGUGGUGUGUGUUUUACACACGCACACGCCGAACGUGACCGCGUUGUGUUGCACGGAAGAUUUUACGUUGCACAUGUGCCAUCAAAACUCGUUGCGGUUCGCCGGGGACGUCGCGUAUGAUCCAACGUUUAACGGGUUAGUUUUGGACCGAGAAGAAGGCGAUAGGCUGGUGAAGGUUAUGAAUGGGAAAAGGGUGUUGAUGCACGCGAAUCACGGGGUGAUUAUUUGCGGAGAUUCCGUCGCGGAGGCGUUCGAUGAUUUGUAUUAUUUGGAGCGAGCGGCGGAAGUGCAGAUUUUAGCGAUGAGCACCGGGAAAGCGUUGAGGAUUGUGCCAGAGAAUGUUGCGAAUCAGUUUUUGGUGGACAUGAAGAAAGAUGGCGGAAAAGCGAACUGGGCCAAGUUACACUUCGACGCGUUAAAGAGAGGGUUGAUGCGAACACACGUUGGGGCGAAGUUUUGCCAGUAA